AUGAAGAGAAGGUAUUCAAUUACAUAUAUUCUUUUUUUUCUGAAAAAAAGGUAUAUUCAGGAGAAAAUAGUUGAUAAAAAUAAAGGAAAUAGAAAGAAGAGAUCAAAGUCAAGUAUAAAAGCUGAAAUUUCAAAUAAAAAACAAGAUACUUCUAGAAAAGAUAAACAGAUUGAAGAAAAAGAGGAUUUGGCUCUAUUUAAAUCUGAAUCUAUUAAUAAUUCGGAGGAAACUAAUAAAACUUUAGAUCUUCCAAAUUGGAAAGAUUUUAACCUAUCAAAGAUCGUAUUAGAAGGUCUUAGUGAUCUUUCCUUUUUAUCUCCGACUAAAAUACAAAGAAAGGCUAUUGCAAGUAUAAUAAAAGGAAAUAAUGUUAUAGCCAAAGCGGAGACAGGAUCAGGAAAAACUUUAGCAUUUGGAAUUCCAGUAAUUGAUUAUAUUAUCAAAAACAAUUUUUGUAUAGUUUCUGCUCUCAUUUUUGCUCCUACUAGAGAAUUAGCACGUCAGAUUGCAAGACAUCUUGAAUCUAUUUCUAAAUUUUCUUCAUUGUCUAUUAUUACUAUUGCAGGAGGCUUAUCAAUUCAAAAACAAGAACGACUGCUUAAAAGAAAUCCUAAUAUUAUUAUUGCAACUCCUGGUAGAUUAUGGGAAAUAAUGAAUCAAAAUGAUGGAUUUAUUAAAAUGUUUUCUAAAGUUAAAUUUUUAGUGCUUGAUGAAGCGGAUAGACUUUUACAAGAAGGCCAUUUUAAAGAACUAGAUGAUAUCUUUAAUACUUUAAAAGGAUAUAAAGAUCAAAUGCAAGUAUUGGUUUUUUCUGCAACUUUUAAAAAAAGUUUGCAAAAAAAAAUUAAUAAUAUUGUUUAUGAAACAAGUACUUCAACACAAAAUGAAAUAGAAUUAUUUCUAAAUAAAUUAAAAUUUAAAAAUAAAUUUGAUUUUAUUGAUACUAAUCCUGAAGAAAGUAUUCCUAAAAAAAUAAAAGAAGGAAUGAUAGAAUGUGAAAAUAUGGAUAAGGAUUUAUAUUUGUAUUACUUUUUAUUAAAAUAUCCAGGACGUACUAUUGUUUUUAUGAAUAGUAUAGAUCAUGUUUAUCGUAUUGUCCUUAUGUUAAAUGAAUUUAACAUAAAUCCCCUUCCUUUACAUUCUAAACUCCCUCAAAAACGAAGAUUACAAGUAAUUGAAAAAUUUAAUGAAAAUGAGACAAGUAUUUUAAUCGCAUCUGAUAUAGCAGCUAGAGGAUUAGAUAUCUUUAAAAUACAACAUGUAAUUCAUUAUCAUUUACCAAGAUCAACGGAUCUUUAUAUUCAUAGAUCAGGAAGAACAGCUCGUGCAGAAAGUUCUGGAGUAUCUAUUUUAUUAUGUACACCUGAUGAAACAAUAAAACUUAAAAAAAUGUUAUUUUUUUUGGGGAAAAAUGCCGAUGAAAUGUUAUCUUUUCCUGUGGAUUAUUCCUUAUUAAAAAAGCUAAAACCACGUAUUAAUCUUGGACGAAAAAUUACAAAUGUUAUACGUCAUAUAAAUAAACAACGUCAUAAUUAUGUCUGGUUGAAAGAAGCUGCAGAUGAUUUAGGUGUUAAUAUUAAUGAAUUAAAUUCUGAAAAUGAUAAGGAAAAAAAUAUAUCAAAAAAAGAUAUUCAAAUACUUAGACAUCAGCUAAAAGAACUUCUUUCGCAAACCCUUUAUUCUGAAUUUUCACAAAAAUAUCUUACAAAUGGAUUGAAUAAUAUUGCACAAAAUAUUAUUCAAGGAAAAACACAUCCUACCUUCCUAGGCACAAUAAAAUUAGAUGCUUUAGACAUUUUCAAAAAGAAAAUGAGUAAUUCUGCUCUAUAAAAUACUGAUAAAAAUAUUUAAAUAAAAAAUAAAUAUAGAAUUUUAUGAAA